UAAACAAGCCGUCCAGAGGAACUUAACAAGGUAUAAUGAAAAAGAGACAGAGGGGUUUAAAGGUCUUUUCUAUAUAGUUGGCAGAUGAGUUAUUUACCUAUCAGGUUCAGGGUCGGUCAUGCCCCUAGGGACUGCUGAUGCAUUCUGGUUUAUACCAAGCCUGAAUAGCGUAUCAUGGUGUUAUUAUUUACGGCUGUCCAUCAAACAACAUGUUGUGGUGAUCAGGAUCAUUGGCUUCGGUUUGCAGCUCGUUACUUGUCUCGUCCCGCGGAGGAAGAAAUAUAUGCUAUAUCCGAGUCCAAAAAAGCUGUGAUUCAGCAUAUAGAGGAAGGUAUAACACGCAUACCAAGCAUUCCAGGAUGCAUUGCACCCAGUGAGCUACAGCAACAUAACUUUGUACAUGGAAUUUAAACGUCGAGUUUGACAAGCUCUAUCUAUCACUGAGGAAGACAAUUUGAUCAAAUAAUAGUGCAUCGAGGAAAAGGUUUCUUUCUUCGUGAAGUUGCUUUAUGGAUUAAACAAGUGCUGAAAAAUCAAAAGAUUUGUGCAUUAAUAAGUUUGAUGUCAUUUUCAAUCCUACGGGGUCUGAAAGCUGAUCUCCUUGCAAGAAUAUUUCGUGAAGGAUUAUAGGUGAACUUCAACAAGCCACCAGCGGAGGGCAUACUAGAUUCCUUGGAAAACAAUUCUCCUAGCUCCAUAUUCAUCAACCAAGCUUCAGAUAUCCAUCGCUCAAAGAUAAGGUUUCUAGACAGAGGAAGUGCAGUUCUGCGCAACAGACGUAAACCUUUGAGGAGAAUAGUAGUCACGUGACCAUGUUCUCCAAAUCUACUACAAAUUCUAAUUUUGACAUUGGAAAUCCAAGGCCGGCAAUUAUCAAGAAAAUGGCAAGGAGCACAAUUCUUAAUGUCCUAAAUAAGCGUCAAUCACAAGAGAAAGCUUUUACAGUCGAAAAGAAAGGUUCAUCCAUUCAAGAGCGAACAGCAUGGCGCCCCGAACCAACAACUCGUCCAAACGAGCAUGGUGGAAUGAAAACAGGAACGAGGGACACCAUAGGACAUUCUCCUAAGGUCGUUACAAGCCCCGUCCAGAAAACGGUCCAGCAAUCACCAAGGACACCUUCGACCACCGUCCAACAAUUUCCAAAUAAACAUCAGGGAUCGGUGCAAACUCGGAAUUCCGAUCAACCCACGAAGAUUGGUGACAGACAACGAAUCACGAAGCUGGUCGCAGAACCAGUUUUGUAUAAGACACCGGCAAACACUUUUCAAACUCCGAACUCUCCACAAUCGCCCUCUAGUAUCUCAAAUCUGAUACACAAAUGGGGGCGCAACGAGGGCUCGAAAAGCCCCGUUCAAAAGACCCCACGCAAAUACACUCCGACGGGAUACGAUAGCUCUCCGAAAAACGCCAGCUCGCCUGGAGCCGUUGACAAGUUAUCGCCCAGAUCUCCCCGAAGAUCGCCAGACGAUACAGAGAAGGGKUUUUCGAUGAUAGUUCAGAGCAGCACGAGUUAUCCGCCCCCUCUCCGUCGGAAAUCGUCUGCUGAUGUGAUUCCGUAUAAUCUCACAGUGAAUACCAUUAGGAUCUACGAGGCAACUCCGAAAAUGGUCGAAGCAGAUCCUGAACUGCUCUCACGUUUGGAAAGGUACCCAAGCAGAGAACCGCCAGUUAUGUCUCCAUCGUCUCGGGAGAGAUUCUUAUGGGAAAAAGAUCAGAUAACUGGAAUAGAAAAGGAAAAGAGGGCAGUGGUUAGAGCAGGGUUACCUAUUAAGCAAAACACCGUGGCAAAUACGAAGGCAGACGUAUCCAGUCCUAAACUUGUAUCCGAUUCGGUCCAGGUUUCGAUCCCGUUUGGCGUGCCCGCAUCACCCACCUCUCCACGAAACUCCGAUUCGGGAUCCGACUCCUGGACGUCCUCUGUCUCUGUCUGCGUGCCUUUCCAAGUUACUGAAGAUGACGGCGUCAAAGCGCUUCCUGUCAAGGGUGGUACAAGACCCCAGUCCCUUCCACCUGCGGAUGGCACUCUGUCAAUUGAGGCACUCAGAGGACUGGGUACAAACAGUGAUGCUGGGUCUUCCCCAAACUCGCCAAAUCUUGAAAACCUCAGCCAUCGGUAUGACACCUCUUCGGAGUAUGAGGAUUUUAUAAUCGGGAAAUCUCAGUCGUAUAGUACCAAAGGUACCGGAGACGGGUCCCCCGGGGAGUUCUUCCACGGACCCAAACUCGUGACAGUACGUCGACGACCCGUCGAAGAGACGGUACAGAAGAUUAUUCAGUUCGACGACUCGUUACUUCAAGGGCAGCCAGAACAUAGAGGAUUAGAUAAAGAAGAUGGGAUGAGCAUGUCAAAGCAUGGCAAAUAUUCCUUUGUCAGUCAGAAAUCUGACCAAACAAGACCAGAAACUCCCGACAAAUCUUCCGUUGUAGCAAAGUCACAUCUGGAUAAACCCACAAGUUCAACCACUCCUUCCUCGCCAGGCACGCGUCGUGCGCAAAGUCACCUACCGCAAAAGACUUCGACUUUACCAACCACAGGUAAGGCUAUCAAGAAGGACGAGAUCGAGAUGUUGAAAGCCAGAAUAAGACAAUUAGAAGAAGAACUAGAACAAGAGAGAAAAAGACAAGGACCAAGCGAGAGAAUCUUGGCUUCCAUUCCAAUACUUGAAAAGGAAAAACUACGCUUGCAGGCUCAAGUGAACGAAACUUUACAAGAACUUUCCAAGGCAAAAGAACAGUUACACUCAGCUACAUAUGUUUCCAAUAAACACGAAGCUGAAAAGGAUAUACUUCAAGUAAAAUAUAAUAAAUUACAAAAGGAUCAAGACAGAAUUAAAGCACAAAAUGAAGUCCUGGAAUACGAGAGGGACCAGCUUCUUCGGGAGAAAAAGAAUAGAGAAAAUCGAGCCAACGAGGACGAGAAAGAUCACGAAGCAAAUCUUAUUACGAUUCAAACACUUUCGAAACAAAACGACGAGUUACUUGAAUCCGAAUCUAAGCUAAAAGAACGCAUUUGUAUAUUAGUGAAAGGACUCCGUGAAGUGAAGGAAUCUGUGAUGAACGUACGAGAGGAGAAUGUGUUACUUCAUGAUGAGAUUGUCGACAAUGGUGUAGCUAUGUCCGAGACGAUGAAAAAAUGUGUACAAGGUCUUCAGCAAGUCAUUGGAAAAGUGAAUAGUGGGGGUGAGAACAAGAGCGAGAAGGGUGACAGUAAUGAUAACGAAGAGAUUGCGCGAUUAAAGGAAGAACUCGAGGACAGUAAGACGUGCUUUCAUGCACUUUUGCAGCGGGUUAUUGAACUUGAAAGUGGCGAAGGCAAAUCAGGUGAUGGCGAAGAGGCGAAGAGUAAUCACCGAGUGAACUACGUUGGGUGCCCUAACUGUGCGAAACUUCAGGAAGAAUUGAGAGAGCUUAGUUCGCAGUACGAGGAAAUGCAACAAGAGUUAGAAAAAAUUGAGAUCAAACAUGAGGAGAUGAGCAAUGACAACGAAGACUUGCAACAAGAAGUGAAAUACCUAAAAAAAGUUCUCUCCUAUCGCACAGAUGUCAUGCAAGUACAAGUGUCGGAGAGAACGACUCGUCAGAUGCAGAGGUUAGAGACGAACCUAGAAGAAGCGGAGCGCAAAUGCAAAGACUUGGAGGAUGAAGUUGGUCGAUUGCAUAACCAGAAACAAUCGUUACUCGUAAAUAUCUUAAAACUGCAUGAAGAAGAGGUGGCGGCAGCACAGAAUGGAGAGGAACCACAUGAAGAUGAGGAGGAGGACGAAGGAAGUGAUGAUGAUGGCAUGAGUGACGAUGAUAAUGGAAGAUUGUCUUUAAAUCGAUCGAAAUCAAGCGGAAAAAGAUCCGUUUAUGGGAACAGCGAAGCGGAGUUCAGCUCUGGGGCGAGUUUUUAUGAGAGCGAGAGCGAGAGUGAAAGCGAUGAGUGGAGCGAACUUGACGAUACAUCACAAAGAUUACAGGACUAUGUCAAAGGGAUUGUAUCUGAGAGAAAACGUUUGCGAUCAAACAUCAAGGAACUCAUGGCUGAGAAACGUAAUUUGAACAAACGAGUUGAUAAGUCGUCUAAUGACUUCAAGUCAGUUAUGAAGAGAAUGCAAAAACUCGAUGCAGAAAAUGUCACGCUGAGAGAAAAGGUGAAAAAGGAACGAAGAGAUUUAAAAGCCAAGUUGAAGAAAGAAGAACAAGAGGCGGAGAGGUUGCGAGAGAAGCUGAAAGAAACAGAAAGUGAGAAGGAUGCUUUGAUGAAGUGUAUUGAGAUGAGGAGUGCAAGUGAACCAGCAGAAGCUGUAGACACAACAGAGGAGUUAGACGUGGAUGAUGUGAGCAGAUUGAUCGCCAAGGCACAGGCGUUUGCUCUUGAGGAGAAAAGUAAGAGUGAUGAAGCUAGUGAGGAAUCGGAGGAAGAGGAAACUGAUGGAAAGGACGAAGCAGACGAAGAAGAAGAAGACAAGAAGGAGGAGGAGGAGGAGAGCGAAGAGGGAAGCUCGUCUAGUAGUGAAGAAGAAGAGAUACUCCCAAUACUUAAAAUGAGCAGACCAAGGGCCAAACCACAACCAGUUGACGAGGAGGAAGGAAAAAGUGACAGCGAUGAAGAACGUAAGAGGAAAGAAGAACAAGAACGAAAGGACGAAGAGAAUGACAUCGUGAAAGACGAGAUGGAUGAUUUCAUCAAAUCCCCGCCACCACCACCUCACGCGCGCUUGCUGCAAAGAAGAGCAUCAACUAUAGGAAUCAAUAUGGACCGCGUCAGUCGUGAGAAACAACACUUAGAAGAAGAAGUGGCGAGUCUUAAGAAGUACUUGAACAGGAGCGCAUUUCGCCGGAGGUACUCUACGGUAGAGACCCCUAAGACACCUCCACUAGGAGCCAUGAAGACCCUAGAAUCUCUCUUACAGAAGUCCGACAUGGAACUGAAGGAGGCCAACGACAAGAUCUCAAGGCUCCAGUCAACUAACGCGGACUUGGAGGAAAGAAUAAAGGACUUGGAGCUCAUGCAUGAUGAUCUACGCCAAGCCGUCGUGAUCUCGAACAACUACGCCGCAGAGGAAAGAGAGAAGAACACGGCUCUAGAGGAAGAGAGAGACCAGCUGCUACAAAAGAUAGAGCUCUUGAAAAAAGAGAACAGUCGUUUAAAGAAGUCGCGUGCGAUAAAUGCCGUCUACCGCAAAGGAACCCGAUCUGUUAAAUCAAUGUCAGCCAAUGAGGAAGACGUGCCGGAUAGCGACGGUGCUGAUAUUGAAUCGGAUUUUUCUUCGUCGAGGAGAUCAAGCAAUGCGAGUGACAUUUGACACGAGUGACUUCAAUAGAUGAAAUAGUAGAACUCGCUAUAAUAUCAUGGGUCGGGUGGGUGAGCUGAAAUGUGACACAAAAUCGGAAUUCCGCAAAGUGCGCAUGCGCAUACUCAAUAUUAGAUUUCGUGCGACUCUAAAACACUUACGGACAAAGCCUCUUUACCUUGAACGUAUCGAAGCACUGUUAUUGAACCAUCAAUCAGCUUGAAGGCUGAAAUUUGUCUAUUGAAGCAUCAUGAUGCUGCACAUUAAUACAGAAACUAUUCUAGGAUUUUUUUAAAGUGAACAAAAAGUUAAAGGAUAACGUUUUCCCAUUUUAGACCAUUGUCUGAGUAUUAUUUCAUUUCAGACCAUGUGUCAUUCCCUAUACCAGUAUUUCUUUGUUUAAUGGUGACACAUGAGAAUAUGGUGCAACUUAACAAUGCCAAUCUUAUUCUUAAGAGACACAUGGUCUUAAAUGGGAAAAUGAUAUAUUGUCUACAUGAAGCUAGUCUCCCUCGCAUCCGUUUUUAGUGUCGUCACGCAACACGUGACCGACACUAAAAGCGGAUGCGAGGGAGGCUAACAUGAAGCAGACAUACUUCAUAUGAGGGGUUGUGUACAAUCAGUGCCAACCAUUUCCCACUCACAUCGAAUUUGCUUUCCACACAAGCAAAUUAGUAAUUUCAGUCUCCUUUCCUUACCACCCAAAACUUGAAUGAGCAAACUUAAUACACUCAGUUCUGAUGGUGUACUAAAAUCGAAAGAGUUAGCCACUCAUGAGCCUUUAAAAUCUUAAUGUAUCACUUUUCUUUAUAUAAAAAGUGAAGUAUUUUACAUCCUUAGUUUUUUAUGUAAAUAAAUAAGAUUAUUUUUAUUUCAUGGGCAAAAGAACCCAAGGAUUAAUGACAA